GACUUGACUGAAAUGUCAGAGCCCUGCAAUUCACAGGCUGGGCAGCAGCUGCAUCCCGCGUUUCCCAGAAGCAUUACAAGACUGUCACUUUGCAAACUUCCUCAUCCUUUUCUGCAGCGAUUCCGAAAUCAACAUGCAGACUCCGCUUACCAAGGUCACAAAGACCUACUUCCUCCUACGGAUUCUUCUGCUCUGCACGCCUUUUGGGAAGUCACACACUGAAGAAGACUUCAUAAUUACAACCAAGACUGGAAGGGUCCGAGGCCUGAGCAUGCCGGUUCUUGGUGGCACAGUGACUGCUUUUCUCGGAAUCCCCUAUGCACAGCCUCCUCUGGGUAGCCUAAGAUUCCAGAAGCCGCAACCCUUAAACAAAUGGCCUGACAUCCAUAAUGCCACUAAAUAUGCAAAUUCUUGUUAUCAGAACAUAGACCAAGCCUUCCCAGGCUUCCAGGGGUCAGAAAUGUGGAAUCCAAACACGAACCUCAGUGAAGACUGCUUGUAUCUGAACAUUUGGAUUCCAGUACCUAAGCCCAAAAAUGCUACUGUCAUGGUAUGGAUCUAUGGUGGUGGCUUUCAAACUGGCACUUCCUCUCUACCUGUUUAUGAUGGGAAGUUUCUAGCUCGUGUUGAAAGAGUUAUUGUAGUUUCAAUGAACUAUAGGGUAGGAGCCCUAGGUUUCCUAGCUUUUCCGGGAAAUCCUGAUGCUCCAGGAAAUAUGGGUUUAUUUGAUCAACAGUUGGCACUUCAGUGGGUCCAAAGAAAUAUAGGUGCUUUUGGAGGGAAUCCUAAAAGCAUAACAAUUUUUGGAGAAAGUGCAGGGGCAGUUUCAGUUAGCUUACAUUUGCUCUGUCCCCAAAGUUAUCCUUUGUUUACCCGAGCCAUUCUGGAAAGUGGCUCCUCUAAUGCCCCCUGGGCAGUAAAGCAUCCAGAGGAAGCCAGAAACAGAUCCUUGACCUUAGCUAAAUUUACUGGCUGCUCAAAGGAGAAUGAGAUGGAGAUGAUUAAAUGCCUUCGAAGUAAAAAUCCGCAGGAAAUUCUUCUGAAUGAAAGGUUUGUUCUCCCCUCUGAUUCCAUCUUAGCGAUAAAUUUCGGUCCCACAGUGGAUGGCGAUUUUCUCACUGAUAUGCCCCAUACACUUCUCCAACUUGGAAAAGUGAAAACAGCUCAGAUCUUAGUGGGCGUUAACAAAGAUGAAGGGAGCGCUUUCCUGGUGUAUGGUGCUCCGGGUUUCAGCAAAGACAAUGAGAGUCUUAUCACAAGGAAGGAAUUUCAAGAAGGUUUAAAUAUGUAUUUCCCUGGAGUGAGUGGAUUGGGGAAGGAAGCAAUCCUUUUCUACUACGUGGACUGGCUAGGGGACCAGGCACCAGAAGUCUAUCGUGAAGCUUUGGAUGAUGUUAUUGGAGAUUACAACAUCAUAUGCCCCGCAUUGGAGUUUACCAAGAAAUUUGCAGAGCUUGAAAAUAAUGCCUUUUUCUACUUUUUCGAACACCGAUCUUCCAAACUUCCUUGGCCAGAAUGGAUGGGAGUCAUGCAUGGCUAUGAAAUUGAAUUUGUGUUUGGCUUACCUCUGGGAAGAAGAGUUAAUUAUACGAGAGCUGAGGAAAUCUUUAGUCGAUCCAUAAUGAAAAUUUGGGCAAAUUUUGCAAAAUAUGGAGAUCCCAAUGGGACCCAGGGCAACAGCACAAUAUGGCCUCUCUUCACAAGUACUGAACAAAAAUACCUAACCCUGAACACAGAGAAAUCAAAAAUAUACUCUAAACUCCGUGCUCCCCAAUGCCAAUUCUGGAGACUAUUUUUUCCAAAGGUCUUGGAAAUGACAGGAGGUAUUGAUGAAACAGAGCAAGAGUGGAAGGCAGGAUUCCAUCGCUGGAGCAAUUACAUGAUGGACUGGAAAAAUCAAUUUAACGAUUACACUAGCAAGAAAGAGAGCUGUACGGCUCUCUAAUUAAUAAAUUUACCCUUUAUAGAAUGUUCAUUUUCCUGUAGAUGAAGGCAAAAAUACAAGUAGCUCUCUCCAUAAAUACCAAGAAUGCUAUUACACAGCAGAGAAGAAAUGCCAAAUGAGAAUAUCGAUUACUUACACUUUCACUUAGUAUUUUACCUAAUGUCUCAGAACUGAGUCAUUAGAAGUUGUUUUUUAUUAAUCUUCACAAUGUAAACAUUCAGAAAUUAAUUAUGUGCUGCUUUAAUAUUACUUUUCUGAAUAACAUUACAGCUUUUACCUAAAAGUUACAUCAUGUGCUUUUAUUCAAUCCUAUAUUUUCAGAGCUACCUACAUAAGUCUAUUACUAAAAUCUGAAUUAGAUUUUGAAACAAUGGAUCCUGUAAUUUAUAUUACUGUUGCCUAUAUUUUUCAUAAGUCUAAUAUCAAUAUCAAAUAGUAAAACAAACAAAAAUUUGGCUAUCCAUAUACGUAGAGGCAAGAGAGAAUA